CGAUCCCCCUUUUGCUCCCACGGCACAUCUUCUGCCACAUGAUCCGUCCAAUCGCGCUUCAGCGGCCCCGACGCCGUCACCUUUGAGCUUCAAAACGCCCCUCUGCCACGCGCGGCAGCCCAGGCACAAACCCCUCCUUGACUCCUUGUCCUUGGCUUGAGGGGUAAUAGAUCUGCCACUCGGAUGACGAGGAGCUCUCCCUCGUGCGAACUCGAACUCAAUCUCGUCCUAGACUCCUUCUUUCCUUCUUUCUCUUCCCCGUCUCCUUUCGGCCCCUCCUCAGUCGCUAGGUGUCAUCGAUUUCCGUGCUCAUUGACAACAACUUGCAUGAACCACACAUGAACGCCUCCGUCUCAGCUCGUCACUCUGGCUUCCUCAGCCUGGACGCCUGAUCUUUGUAGUCCACCAUGAUAUCGCUCGCCCUUCUACGGCCGGCAACGGCCCAUGCCGUCUGUACUUCGUCUGCCACUGGGAUUUUCGCCUUGCGAUCAUGGCCCAAUGUCACGGAUGCGAGUUUGCCCACGCCUCGAUCUACCAGCAUCCAUAGCACCCAUCCGACGCGCUGGCAGAGCACUUUGCAACCGAGCCGCACAAACGCUAUCGUUCCAGCCCACACGAAGUCUCUCCAACUCGUCCGCCAUGCUUCUGUCGUGACAGGCACGCCUGCGCCUGGACAGGCAGCCGAACCUGAGCUGCCAGUCGCUCACUCCGUUCCGUACAGUCAACUCACCGUCGGCGUCCCCAAAGAGAUUUUUUUGAACGAACGCCGCGUCGCGCUCUCUCCUCAGAACGUGGCUUUGCUCCUCAAGAAGGGCUUCUCCAAGGUACUCGUCGAGCGCGGCGCGGGCACCGAGGCCGACUUCCUCGAUGAUGUCUACCACGAAGCUGGUGCAACUCUUGUCGACUCGGCCAAUGACGUCUGGACGGGUGCCGACAUUGUUCUCAAAGUUCGAAGCCCCAUUCCUGCCGAGAUCGAGGUGAUGAAGCCGUCGCAAACUGUCAUCUCAUUUUUGCAGCCCGCACAAAACAAGCCCAUUGUCGAAAAGCUCGCUGCACAGAAAGCGACAGCGUUCGCCAUGGAUCUUAUUCCCCGCAUCUCCCGUGCCCAAGUCUUCGACGCACUGAGCUCAAUGGCCAACAUUGCUGGCUACAAAGCCGUUUUGGAGGCUUCGAACAACUUUGGCCGGUUCCUGACUGGUCAGGUCACCGCCGCUGGCAAGAUCCCACCCUGCAAGGUACUCGUCAUUGGCGCGGGUGUCGCUGGCCUAAGUGCCAUUGCAACUGCCAGGCGACUCGGUGCCGUCGUCCGAGGCUUUGAUACUCGACCGGCUGCUCGCGAGCAAGUCCAGUCACUUGGUGCGGAAUUCAUCGAGGUCGAGUUUAAGGAAGAUGGCUCUGGCGCUGGUGGCUAUGCUAAGGAGAUGUCCAAGGAAUUUAUCGAGGCUGAAAUGAAGCUGUUCCACGAACAGGCUCGUGAGGUCGACAUCAUCAUUACAACUGCCCUGAUUCCCGGGAAGCCUGCCCCCAAGCUCAUCCUCAAAUCUAUGCUUGAGCUGAUGAAACCUGGAUCUGUUGUGGUCGAUCUCGCUGCCGAGGCCGGAGGGAAUUGUGAAAAGACGAAGCCCGGAGAGCUGACUGUCUACAAGGAUGUCAAGAUCAUUGGCUACACUGACCUGCCGUCGAGACUCCCUACCCAAUCGUCUACGCUGUAUUCGAACAACACCACCAAAUUCUUGCUCUCGAUGGCGCCAAAAGAUAAGGAAUUUGGAAUCGAUCUUUCUGAUGAAGUUGUUCGCGGUGCCAUUGUCACCCAGAAAGGAGAGGUUUUACCGCCACCUCCCAGGCCGGCUCCUCCCCCAGCACCGGCUCAAGCUGCCUCGCCCACGAAGGAGGCCGAGAUUGUUGCAGUGACGCCCUUCCAGAAGACUUCCAGAGAGGUUGCUACGGUGACUGCUGGCAUGGGAACAGCGCUGGCUCUUCGUACUGUCACAGGCCCACUCUUCAUGAGCAACCUGUUCACUUUCUCGCUCGCCUCACUUAUCGGCUAUCGUGUUGUAUGGGGCGUGGCUCCGGCUCUGCACUCGCCGCUGAUGAGUGUUACCAAUGCCAUAUCAGGCAUGGUUGGCGUUGGUGGCCUUUUCGUGCUGGGCGGCGGCAUCUUCCCACAGACCAUCCCCCAGGUAUUUGGUGCUCUGUCUGUACUGCUAGCUUUCGUCAACAUCUCGGGCGGCUUCGUUAUCACGAAGCGAAUGCUGGACAUGUUCAAGCGACCAACAGAUCCUCCCGAGUAUCCUUGGCUGUAUGCUGUGCCUGCCGCUGUCUUUGGCGGUGGCUUUGUCGCGGCUGCCGCAACUGGAGCUGCAGGUCUAGUUCAGGCCGGCUACAUGGUCAGCUCUGUUUUGUGCAUCAGCUCGCUAUCCUGUCUUGCCUCCCAGGCAACAGCUCGCAUGGGCAACAUACUGGGCAUCCUAGGUGUGGGAUCGGGUAUCCUGGCGUCAUUCAUCAUGGGCCAUAUCGAAGCCGACAUCUCCACACUUCAUCUCGUCACUGGUUAUCUCGGCGUGCUUAUUGGUGGUAUCACCUUCACAGGGUCUAUUGUAGCCUUCAUGAAGCUAGCUGGCAAGAUGUCGUCGAAGCCUCUCAUGCUUCCCGGACGCCAUCUUCUCAACUCUGGCAUGCUCGCCACCAACGUCGCCACCAUGGGUGCCUUUAUAACGAUGGCGCCUGGAUCUCCCAUGAUCGCGGCGGCAGCUCUUGGCGCUAACACUCUGCUAUCGUUCAUCAAAGGCUACACGACGACAGCAGCAGUUGGCGGUGCUGACAUGCCAGUCAUCAUUACAGUACUGAACGCCUAUUCAGGCUUCGCUCUGGUAGCCGAGGGAUUCAUGCUCGAUAACUCGCUGCUUACGACUGUCGGUGCGUUGAUUGGCGUUUCAGGCUCCAUUCUAUCGUACAUCAUGUGCGUGGCCAUGAACCGAUCUUUGACCAAUGUGCUUUUCGGUGGUAUUGCUUCAGCGCCUGCAAGCGAGUACAAGAUUGAAGGCGCCAUUACGCAGACCUCGGUCGACGACACGGCCGAGGCUCUUGUCAACGCCGAAAAUGUCAUCAUUGUAGUUGGGUAUGGCAUGGCAGUCGCCAAGGCGCAAUACGCCAUCAGCGAGAUCACCGAAAUGCUUCGCAAGAAGGGCAUCAAUGUACGUUUCGCCAUUCACCCUGUGGCAGGCCGAAUGCCUGGUCAAUGCAACGUCUUGCUCGCUGAAGCGAGCGUACCGUACGACAUUGUGCUGGAGAUGGACGAGAUCAACGACGAUUUUGGUGAGACGGAUGUUGUCCUCGUUAUUGGCGCCAAUGACACCGUCAACCCAAUUGCCCUGGAGCCGGGCAGCCCCAUCGCGGGCAUGCCUGUCCUGCAGGCUUGGAAGAGCAAGCAGGUCAUUGUGAUGAAACGCGGCAUGGCCAGUGGUUAUGCUGAUGUGCCGAAUCCCAUGUUCUACAUGGAGGGCACCCGUAUGCUCUUCGGAGACGCCAAGACCAGUUGCGACGCCAUCAAAGCAGCGGUCGAGUCGCGUGUCUAG